UAGGGUAACACCUCGGUCGACACUCCAUUUCAAAAGGUGGCGGAAAUGCACAUUCAACAAAAAAAGAAGACGAAGAAGAAGAGCGAUAUCCGAUAAACAUACGGUGUCGGUGCUGGUUGGACGGGCGGGAUGUGGGCGGACAAAAGCUUCCCAUCUCGCAGUGCAGUGCAGGAGGAUGCAUUUGCUUUGAAGGAUGCCAGCUGUCAUUCAUGUUUGACUGCAGGUAUGAAUAUCAUAUCUUCCAAUUGAAUGAACUGGUGAAGGCUGUUUGGACCUGUGGGACUGCUGUGAGGUUUGGGAGGGGUGCUUGGAGUGGAGGUGGAGACCUCUUAAUUAAAUUACAGUCUCUCUUUUUUUUUUUUUGCAAACUUAACUUGGAGGACUGGGGAAUUUUAUUUUGCACACAAUACACUGGCAAUAUGGGUGCAAUUUGUUUGAAAUAGCCUCAGACAUGCACAGGUCUUGAGGUAUCUUUUUUUCAUUCCUCUUGAUCUCAUUGCACAAGGUCUUGUUGAAGACACAGCAGAGGUUACUCAGCGGAGUGAUAAGACAAUUGGAUAUGUCCAUGGAAAUACACAAUAAGGAUGCUGGAGUUGCCUGAAAGUUUAGGUAUUGAGAUUUCGGAAGGGCUGAAACCUCAACAGUAUUCAAUCAAAGCGCUGAACAAUCUUAUUUUGUGUCCUCCAAAAUGAUUUUCCAAUGAAUUAAAGCUUGCUGGUCUGCAGAGAGUGAGCCUUGCAGUGCGUCAAAACAAAUGGGAUCACUCACUGAGCUUACUCAGUGGAGUGAAAAUACAGGAUAAGACAAGGAUAUGUCCAUGGAAAUACACAAUAGGGGAUGCUGGAGUUGCCUGAAAGUUUAGGUAUUGAGAUUUUGGAAGGGCUAAAACCUCAACUGUAUUCGAUCAAAGCGCUGAACAAUCCUAUUUUGUUGUCGUUCAAUAUGAUUUUUCCAAUGAAUAUAAGAGUGCUGGUCUGCAGAGAGUGAGCCUUGCAGUGCGUCAAAACAAAUGGGAUCACGCAGGAAUGCAGGGACUGACGUCAAAGUGGGCCAAUGGACUAGUCAAAGAAUCUUAGGAAAGUCAGGUGGAGUUUCCAAAGGCUAAGGAGGAAGUGACACUCAAAAGUAUUUGCCUUUACAUAUAAGAGCUUUUUGACAUUCAUUGCUGUGAAUCAGCAGCUCUGCUUUGGAUUUUGCGCACAACAACAUGGCCUCCCCCCAACGUCAACAGCUACUGCCUCACAACACAGAGGUGAGCUGUGACUCAAGUGGCGAAGGGGGCGUCUCCGUGAGGAUUGGCAGUAGCGUCAAACACAAACACGGAGGUGGACCCCUGGGUUCCAUUGGGGGAGCCUUCAUGGCGGGAUCCAAGCACUGCAAGUACAGCAUUUCCUCCAGCUGUAGCUCCGGGGAGUCUGGACUCAAGAAAACGUUUGUCAAGAGCUUCCGUUCGCAAAAGAGGGUGCCUCAACUUUUCGAGAGGUCUGCCGGUCACUUCUGGGACCCGAAGUUUGAUUCGUCCAUCUUGGAAGAAGCGUGCCGGGAACGAUGUUUUCCUCAAACUCAACGCCGUUUCCGCUAUGUGCUUUUUUACCUGGCGACUACGGCCCUCCUCUGGGGAUUUUACUUUGCUGCCAACCCGUCCCGCUGCAGCAGGAUAGCCUUUCUUAUUCCAACUGUGUCCUUUCUCCUUUUCUGCCUCCUCCUCUUCCUGCUAACGUUUACUAAGUUCUACUCUCGCUGCUACAAUCAAGCCUCCCUGUUGCUCAUUAUCGUAACCUUCAUGCUGACCCUGGCACCUCAGAUUCAGACGUCAGGAUUCAGAGAUCCGGAGACUCUCAUUGAUGUAUUAGAUGUUGGUGAUUUCAGUGGGACUGCACACAACUUAUCCUACCUAAAGAUUGUAGGGGGUAGCGCUUGGCCUGUCUGUAUCUCUCCUGUUGGCACCUUCUCACUCAGUAUUGAAGUCCUCUUGUUGCUAUACAGCGUCCUUCCUGUCCGUCUGUUUGCGUCAGUCCUACUCGGGUUCCUCUAUUCAGUCUGUUUUGAGAUCUUGGGCUGGUUCCACGUAACCCAGACAGUUGGAAGUUUGAGCUUAACCCCAGAGAAAGACUGGACUACCCUUCGCUGGUUGGGACCGGCCAAAGCCUUGCUCCACCUGUGCGCACACGCCAUUGGUAUUCACCUGUUCAUCAUGUCUGAGGUGCGUUCACGCAGCACUUUCUUGAAAGUGGGACAAGCUAUCAUGCACGGCAAGGACCUGGAGGUGGAGAAAGCCUUAAAAGAACGAAUGAUCCACUCCGUCAUGCCCCGGCUCGUGGCCGAUGAACUGAUGAAGCAAGGUGAUGACGACAUCGGGGAUAGUUCCGUGAAGCGAUACUCCACGAGCGGAGCGGCCGCCGUCAUCUCCAGCCCCAAGAAUAAUAAACGCAAGAAGACCUCCAUCCCUCGAGGUCAGAUCAUCUUCAGACCCUUCAACAUGAAACGGAUGGAGCCCGUCAGCAUCCUCUUUGCGGAUAUUGUAGGUUUUACAAAAAUGUCCGCCAACAAAUCUGCUCACGCCCUAGUAGGCCUUCUUAACGACUUGUUCGGACGUUUUGACCGGCUGUGUGAGCUGACUGGCUGUGAGAAGAUCAGCACCCUAGGGGACUGCUACUACUGUGUGGCUGGAUGCCCCGAACCCAGGCCUGAUCACGCCUACUGCUGCGUGGAGAUGGGCCUGGGUAUGAUCCAGGCUAUCGAACAGUUCUGCCAAGAGAAGAGGGAGAUGGUUAACAUGAGGGUGGGCGUCCACACCGGCACCGUCCUGUGCGGUAUCCUCGGCAUGAAGCGCUUCAAGUUUGACGUUUGGUCCAACGACGUCAACUUGGCCAACCUGAUGGAGCAGCUCGGUGUAGCCGGGAAGGUCCACCUCUCGCAGGCCACCGCCAACUUUCUCGACGACCGCUAUCAACAUGAAGAUGCACAGGUCAUUGAGAGGAUAGGACAAAGUGUGGUGGUGGAUCAGCUCAAAGGGCUCAGAACCUACCUCAUUUCUGUAAGGAAACCGGAGAAGCUCCCUCAAUGUAGCUGCUCCCAGUUGGCCUUGUCCGGCUCUGAGCACACGAAUGGCAAGUGUUGCAUGCAGAGAGCGCACACCCCCGAUGGAGCGCCUUCCGCCUGCAGCAUUCCCCCAGAUAGGAGCAAGCCGACGUGUCCAUCUUGCAGUGUCAUCCUAAAAUCAGGGGAUGAUCAGGUUGUGGAGGAAGGCGAAGUGAACCAUCGCUGCCAUGAAGACAUCAAGACAAGUAAUGCCAAGGACUCUUCUGGUCUGAAGUGUUCCCCGGUGGUCUCUGCCGGCCGCGGCCCAAAGGCCCAGAACGGUCUGCUGAGUCCCAGACUGGAACCUCUGAACAACAGCCAAACGUCGCUGUGCGAGAUGCUGCAGGAGAAGGAGAAGAAGACGUGGGCCGGAGGAGCUAUGGGCAUGGAUCACUCUGCCCUCAUCCCUCUACGCUCUAAAAACUUCCGAGAGCGAAGCGAUGCCCACUUUGUGGACGUCAUUAAAGAGGACAGCCUUAUGAAGGACUAUUUCUACAGACCGCCUAUUAACAAGCUGUGCCUCACCUUCUUGGAUAAGAGCCUGGAGUCCACCUACCAAAUAAGCUUCCAGGAGGAGGUCGAGGCCAAAGCAGCAGUGCAGACGUUUGCCAGCCCGAUGUUCAGUUCCUUCCUGGACAUGCUGCUGUGUUCUUCAGUGUUUCUGGCUUUGUCACUGGCCUGUUUUCUUCGCCCCAUCGUUGCCCAGUUUAGUCCACCCGCACCAGCUCUCAUUCUGACCGCUGUGGCCGCCUUGCUGGAGGCUCUGGCUCUUUUUUUUGCAAUACGUAUGGCGUUCUACUUGGACAGUGCUCUGAACUGCACACGGACUCUGAUGAAAGCGGUCUCGGGCUGGAUACCACGUCACCUAAUAGGUGCCGUCAUGGUGUCUCUGCCUGCUCUGACCGUCUUCUCUCAUGUCACCUGUGACAUGCAUCACUCCAUUCAGUUCACCAUGUUCAUCUGCUGCGCUGUCAUCAUAGCCAUCAUUCAGUUCUGUAACUCCUGCCAGCUCAGCCACUGGAUGCGUUCGAGUUUCGCAACUUUAGUAGGACUGACGCUUCUUUCACUGCUCUUCACGCCUCUCUGCAGGUCAGACAACCAGAGCAACCGCAGCAGCUCAGUCCUCAUAUCGGACAGCCAGACUGAGCCGCACCCGAAAGACCAGCUGGCCCUCGAGGCCUGCGUGGCUUUCUUCCUGCUCCUUCUCCUCGUCUGGUUCCUCAACCGGGAAUUUGAGGUGAGUUACCGCCUCCAUUACCGCGGCAACGUAGAGGCCGACCAACACCGCAUCAAGAUCCAGAACAUGCGGGACCAGGCCGACUGGCUGCUCCGCAACAUCAUCCCCAUCCACGUGGCCGAGCAGCUGAAGGUCACCCAGAGCUACUCCAAGAACCAUGACAACGUGGGCGUCAUAUUCGCCAGCAUCGUGAACUUCAGCGAGUUUUAUGAAGAAAGCUACGAGGGAGGCAAGGAGUGCUACCGGGUCCUCAACGAGCUCAUUGGCGACUUCGACGAGCUGCUGCGGAAGCCCGUCUUCGGCAAUAUUGAAAAGAUCAAGACCAUCGGCGCCACGUACAUGGCGGCGGCGGGGCUGAACGCCCAACAGUGCGCGGAGGCCACCCACCCUCACACCCACCUCCGCGCCCUCUUCGAGUUCGCCCUGGAGAUGAUGCGCGUGGUGGACGACUUCAACAAGAACAUGCUGGGCUUCGGCUUCAAGCUGCGCAUCGGAUUCAACCACGGCCCGCUCACCGCCGGCGUGAUCGGAACCACGAAGCUCCUGUAUGACAUCUGGGGCGACACGGUCAACAUCGCCAGCCGCAUGGACACGACCGGCGUGGAGUGCCGCGUCCAGGUGAGCGAGGAGAGUUACUGCGUCCUCAACGGCAUGGAUUACGAGUUCGACUACCGCGGCACUGUUAACGUGAAAGGCAAAGGUCAGAUGAAGACGUUUCUCUACCCCAAAUGUGGCGACAACGGUCCCGUGCCUCAGUACCAGCUCUCGGUCUCACCGGAGAUACGAGCGCAGGUCGACGGCAGCAUCGGGCGCUCGCCCACCGAUGAAAUCGCCAGCAUGGUUCCCGCAAGCGGCGCAGCUGCCAGCAGCACCAUGGUCCCCAGCACCAGUGCUGGCUCCUCUAUCAGGGCGGGGCCUCAGCGUCACCCCUCCACGCGGACGUGCCCCGCCAGGCGAUCCGUGUCGCACAGCGGCCUCACGUCCAUACACGCCGCCAACCCGGAGGGGCCGCCCCGCUUCGCCAAUAAGAACCAGCUUGCCGUCUCAUCGGCGGCGAAGCCUCCCCAAAAUGUGACGAGCAGCAUCCAAGAAGGACAGAGUGAAUAUGGUCCUAAGUGACUUUUAAGUGGCAGCACGGUGCCUCACAAUACGAAGGUCCUGAGUUCAAUCCCAUGUUCUCCCCGUGACUGCGUGGGUUCCCUCCGGGUACUCCGGCUUCCUCCCACCUCCAAAGACAUGCACCUGGGGAUAGGUUGAUUGGCAACACUAAAUUGGCCCUAGUGUGUGAAUGUGAGUGUGAAUGUUGUCCGUCCAUCUGUGUUGGCCCUGUGAUGAGGUGGCGACUUGUCCAGGGUGUACCCCGCCCUCCGCCCGAAUGCAGCUGAGAUAGGCUCCAGCGACCCCGAAAUGGACAAGCGUUAGAAAAUGGAUGGAAAUAGAUGGGUGACUUUAAAGAUUUUUUUAUCAUACAAGCUUUUUAGUGCUGUGCAAAAGGCCAGAUAGACCACAAAAAGGGCAGAAGAAAGAGAGCGACCCCAUCGUCUCUCCCGCUGACCUACUUGAUUAUCUCUACCUUUAAUCAUUCUUUAGAAGUGCCUUUAGAGUAGAACACUGUCUAGACUCCUGCCUUUUCCGAAACACUUAAAAAGGGAACUGCUUUUUGUGGGCUUUACAUUUUUUUUCCACCACUUUGCUUACCUUUGCCUUUCUGUGAACAAACAGACCUGACGUUGCUGGAAGCGCUACAUCGCCACGGUUCUCGUGUAAGUACAAUCUGCUCUUAAAUUCAGCUUGUUGAUGGAGAAAAGCGCCAAAGCCGUUUGUAAAAGCGCCGCGUCGAUGGAGGAGGCGGAGCUGCAUGCUUAAUAAUGUGUGAUUGCAUGUGUACGUACACGGCGUGGGGGUAUUUGUGUCCGUCUUAAACAAUACCAGCAGUAAUGGGAAGCAAUGUCAAGUAGUCAAUUAACAUGAAAAGAGACUGGAUUGUGUUUUUAGUCACCUUGGGACUGAGAAAGCUACUCUCAGCUAACUUUAGCAUGCUUGAAACAACACUAUCCUAACCGUUUGUCGUCUGUGUAAUCUAUUUGAUCAGGAACUUGAAGCUACGUUAGGAGUAGCAUCAUUUGGAUCAGUGUUUUUCAACCACUGUGCCGCGGCACACUAGUGUGCCGUGAG